CACCCAGUAACACUGCGGCUGAUGUCCGGACUUGUAACCACAUUUCAGCGCAGCUUGGCUUUUGUUCGCGAGUUACUUUAAGCCCAGGAAAGACGGAGGAACCGUAUUCAUGCCCUUACACCGAGGAAAAUGAUCAUCUGUGCGCAAAAAAUGGAGUAUCGCUUUGGAACUCAGUGCCAGCGUGUCCGGAGUCAGGUGAUGAAGAUGAGCUCUGAUAAGGACGGUUCCUCUCCGUUGUGCAUGAAGGCUCUGGCCGGCAGGGGGCGCCUGGAUACAGUAUCACAGCAAAUGGCCUCCCAUCCGCAGUAUUUAGAGAGCUUCCUGCGCACGCAGCACUACAUCCUUAACAUGGACGGCCCUCUGCCCCAUCACUACCGCCACUACAUAGCCAUCAUGGCUGCAGCACGGCAUCACUGCAGCUACCUUGUGUCUUUGCACUCGGCUCUGUUCCUGCGGGUUGGUGGAGACCCGGUGUGGCUGCAAGGGCUGGAGUCUGCACCAGCUCGCCUCCAGCAGCUCGACCACAUAAACAAAGUGCUGGCUCACCAGCCCUGGCUCACUGCUCGCUCCCACAUUCAGGCUUUGCUGAAGUCAGGUGAGCAGUGCUGGUCUCUGGCUGAGCUGGUCCAGGCUGUAGUUCUGCUGGCUCACUGCCAUGCACUCUGCAGCUUCGUGUUUGGCUCUGAACAGGACACACAACCCGGCCCGAGAGCGCCACAUGGAACACCUCCAGGCUACUGCCUCUGUGAUGCUGCCAAUGGCAACGCCACCUUCCCACCUCGCAGGAGGUCUCUAGACUCGAGCUGUGACCUGGCGUGCCUACGAGAAGGAAUCCACAAGUCACAGGAGGAGAAAGAGAGAAAAGGACACCCAGGCCUUCAGUCUUACACACUCCUGCAUAUAGACAUGGACGAGGAGGAAGAAGAAGAGAUGAUGUGUUCGACGGAUCCCUCUCGCUUUGUCAAGGACCCUGAUUUCGGCUACCAGGAAUUUGCCCGGCAGGAGGAAGACCAUUUCCAAGUAUUGCGGGUGCAGGACUACUCGUGGGAGGUCCACGGUUUCUCCUUGGUAAACCGCCUCUACUCAGACAUCGGGCACCUGCUAGAUGAGCGGUUUCGCAGUGUGGCCUCACUACCAUCCCCUCGCAAUCCGGACCUCAAGAGAGCCAUCUGGAACUACAUCCAUUGCAGCUAUGGAAUUAGAUAUGAUGAUUAUGAUUAUGGAGAAGUGAACCAGCUGCUGGAACGCGGACUGAAGCUUUAUAUUAAGGCUGUGGCCUGCAAUCCUGACUCCACUAAGAAACUUCUGUGCCCUCUGCCUUUGGUUUCUUUAAAAGCCUCAGAAAAGGUACAUGUGAACCUGCUGGUGAUGGAGGCACGGCUGCAGGCUGAGCUGCUCUACGCACUCCGAGCAAUCACUCAGUACAUGAUCGCCUAGGACAGCAAGACACGUGAGAGAGAGAGAGAGUUGCACAGUCACUUAUGGUACAAAAAAAAAAAAAAAGAAGAAGACCUGACUCGGGGCAAUGGGGAAAGGAAAUAGGUGGUAAAAAAAGACGGAGAGGACUUGUGAAGAGCAAUAUUUCUUCUUCUCCAUAUCUUGUGUUUUUUGUUUUUUGUUCUGUUCAGAGGUUGCUAAAGUGUGACUUAAGGUACUGCUGUGAAGCGUCUUCAAGGUGACACUUGAAGGCAGAAACAAUCUUUAUUUCUGUUUCACCCUUUUCUGCAUGUUGUUCCAUUCAUUACUUUCUGUGUCAUCAACUAUGUACUUGUGUGUGUAUGUGUGUGUCUUUUCUACUCUUCAGUUUGAAUGUUGUUGUUUUUUUUCUUAGAUUGUUCAUGUGCAAUUAUCUUUAUUCUGUUCUUUGUAUUGUUGAGGUUCUUUUUAUUGUUUAGUUGUUUUGCCUGUUGCUCCUCUGUUGACUGACAGUCAAGAAAGGAGAAGAGAAUGUGUCAGUUUCAAUUCUAGAGUAUUGAAAGGUGCAAAAAAAACAGAUGACUCGACCUCUCCCGAAAUCGAAGGCAGUGUUUACUGAAGCUGAGACGAACAGCUGAAUGUUGAUAAAGCUCAGCAUGUUCUCUGACUCUUUCAUUUGAAUUUAAGCUCAGAACAAGACAGCAGACAAUAUAGGAAAAAAGUUACCUGGCUAUAACUUUGUUUUAAUGGCACUUUUAAGAUUAGAUAAAAAGUUAUUUAGGCACAAACAUCUACAGCAUCAGACUGAUUUAUUAAAAAAUAGGUUGUGCUUUUGACUCAAUUGACUCAAUUUAAAAUGCCAGUUGUGCUGCUGGUUUAUCCAGUGUCCAUGUGAAGGCUACAGAUAACACACACAUUUGUGAUUUAGGAGAAUCUGGCAGCACUUUCAAACCAAUUGGUGCAUUUUUAGGAAUUUUACUGCAUAUGUUAGCUUAUGAUGUAGGCUACACUCCACCCAAACUACAACAUUUAGAAAAAGCUUAAGUUGAAUUCACAAUUUUUAAUGUUGGCCAGUUCUAGUCAAAUGAAGGACUUUUUUCCUGAUUCAUCUGCAAAACAUUUCAGUGAUACUUUGCCAUCUGUGAUACUUUAUAAUGCGAAGAAGGUCAAAGGUCAGGCCUGCUGUGAUGCUUCCUGUAACUGAUCUGCACAACUUGUUUCCUUGCACUGGACUAUUUUGCACAGAACUGCAUAAGUGACCUGCGUUGCCUCUGAGCAGCUGUAACAGUUAUUGGAACAAAUGACCCGGUGAGGCCUCCGUUCACUGGUACCACGCUGAUGCCAUACUUACUGCAAAUGUUUUGGUUGUGGAAAAGGCCAAGCGUUACUUGCUAGAUAAAGCCAUGAUAGUAUUGAAUUGGUGCAGAAGUGUUGCUCAUGUAGGGUACAGAGCAAAGAAACAUGGGCACCAAUGUUAUUUUCUUUUUUAUUUAUUUUUAAACAUAUUGCAUUACUGUGUCACUAUGGCUGUGUUCAGACAGGGUGUAGUAUUUUUCCCCUCUCCAAGUCUAAUUGGUCUUCUACAUUGUGACAGGAUAUUGAUUGGAACUGAAGGGUUUCUGCAUUACAUCCAACUUGAGCACCUGUCUAAACAUAGCCAGUGAUGAUGAUUGUUGUUGUUGAUUUUUUUUUUUUUUUUUUUUUGGAAGAGAAGGUGGGGCAAGAUGGACUUCAGUGCUGAGUCUCAUCAGCCUUUUAUAUAGUACAGCACUGUGGGACUAUUGGGGAAUGACUAGUCACAUAUCGGAGAAGAAAAAAAAAGAUUUAUUUCAUCUAAUGCUGAUCUUAUGGACUGACUUGUUGGAUUUAAGAACUUUGUAUAGUGGAGUGUCUCCACUGACGGUUCAGCCAAGCACUGGACUGUGUGAAGCGAUGGAGAUUAUUAAGUGCAGUGCCUUUAGCUUUAAAUCAGUAAGGCAGACGUGGACUGGUGGUAUUGCUGCGACGCCGGAGGCUCAUUUAAAGCGUGCUGGAUUCAGCCCUGUUUGGUAGCACGGGCCAAACUGUUGUCUUCAUGCUGCUUCUUCCUGCUCCUUCCCCAGCAGUCAAACAGAACAGGGACAGUGGUUUACUUCUCAUUAUUGGCCAAUCCCCGGCACUAUCAAGCUGUUCCACGGUUUUAUGGCGCUAACGUGCUGUCAUUUGCCUGCCAUCAGCAUGUCUGUAUUGGUUUCUCCCUCACUGCCUUCUUCUGUGACAUCGAAAUGCAGCAGUGGACUAUUUCCCCAUUUGGCUUUCCUUCUGAUCCCUGGUGGAGACUGAAAGACUGAACAAGUGUGGCUUUAGCCAAGUUGUCUAAUAUUUACCACGUAAAUGUAGAGAUGUUUAAAAAAAAAAAAAGAACACACAAAAAAAAAUGUCAAAACAAGGAAAAUUAAGCAAAAAAAUCUUUUUUCCCCUGAAAUAAGAACUUAUUUUUUCUAUAAAGAUGUGCUAUACCA